CUAUCAAUUCUCAAGUUGAUGAUACCUGUUAACUACUUGCACAUUAACCACCACUAUUAUAGAUUCUAAAUUAUAUUCUUCUUCUAGCUACUUGCCUUACGAACACUUCAAUGGGCAACCUAGUCCGGAGGAGGAGCACUACAAUGUCCCCGGUUCCUUCCAUGAUGCUGUUUUCAUUCAUUUCUUUCCUUGCCAUUCUCAAAUCUGAAGCCCAGGAUCAGCUAAAUUUCGUGUACCAUGAAUGUAACAACCACUUCGGAAACUUCACCCCUGCAGGUGUCUACGGCAGCAACCUGAAUACCCUCUUGUCCAAAGUGUAUUCCCACGAAGAAAUCGACAACGGCUACUACAAUUUCUCGUAUGGCCAAAACCCUAACAAAGCUUACGCCAUCGGUUUCUGCAGAGGAGAUGUUAAGCCAGAUAAGUGCCGUCGCUGCCUGGAUAAGUCCGCGGUCCUUCUCAGAGAGCGGUGCCCAUUACAGAAAGAGGCCAUUGCAUGGUUUGACGCGUGCAUGCUACGCUACACAAACCACUCAAUAUUUGGCGUCAUGGUAACUCAACCUAACAACAUCUUGUGCAACACAAAUAACGUGUCGACGAAGGUGCUGGAACAGUUUGAUCAAGCUGUGGACGACUUGUUGAGCAAGUUGAGUAACAUGACGGUGGACGGCGGUGGCUCCCGCCGCAAUAGCGAGUUCUUUGCGGAAGGAGAUGCUCCAGUUCAAUCAAGCAACACCACCAUAUAUGCUCUACUUCAGUGCACACCUGAUAUUUCGAAACAAAACUGUACUGAAUGCUUGCAGAGUGCUUUGUCAGAAAUUUCGACAUUUUGUGAUGGAAAGAUGGGUGGUCAAUAUCUAGGGCCAAGCUGUUCUGUUAGAUAUGAGACCUACCUCUUCUUUGAGCCCAUAGUCGAUGCACCAGCUCCAGCACCACAGCCUGCCACUGAUCAGGUUACCACGCCCAUUGGAGAAGAAAAGAGGAACCCAUCACGAACCAUCAUUGCGAUAGUCGUGCCAAUGGUUGUCGUUAUCGUACUCCUGGCCAUUAUGUACAAUUAUUUAGGAGCGAGAAGACGAAGACGCAACAAACCUAUCCAAAAUGAAGGUGAAGGUGAUGAUGAUGAAGGGGAACUUGCUAAUGACAUUAAAACAGAUGAUCAGUUGUUGCAAUUUGACUUUGCAACCAUCAAAUUUGCAACAAAUGACUUCUCUGACGCAAAUAAGCUUGGCCAAGGUGGAUUUGGAAUUGUUUAUAAGGGUACGCUUUCUGAUGGACAAGAAAUUGCAAUUAAAAGAUUGUCUAUCAAUUCUAACCAAGGAGAAACAGAAUUUAAGAAUGAAAUUUUGCUAACAGGGAGGCUUCAGCACCGAAACUUAGUUAGACUACUUGGAUUUUGUUUUGCAAGAAGAGAAAGGUUAUUGAUAUAUGAGUUCGUUCCCAAUAAAAGCCUUGAUUAUUUCAUAUUUGAUCCAAACAAACGUGUAAAUUUGAAUUGGGAGAUACGCUACAAAAUCAUAAGAGGCAUUGCUCGAGGUCUUCUUUAUCUUCAUGAAGAUUCACGAUUAAACGUUGUUCAUCGUGAUCUGAAAACAAGUAACAUUUUGUUAGAUGGAGAAUUGAAUCCUAAAAUAUCAGAUUUUGGCAUGGCAAGAUUAUUUGAGAUCAAUCAAACUGAAGCCAGUACAACUACAAUUGUUGGGACCUUUGGAUAUAUGGCUCCUGAAUACAUUAAACAUGGACAGUUUUCUAUCAAGUCAGAUGUCUUUAGUUUUGGCGUUAUGAUUCUGGAAAUAGUAUGCGGCCAAAGAAACAGUCAGAUUCGUGAUAGCGAAGAAAACGCACAGGAUUUAUUAAGCUUUGCAUGGAACAAUUGGAGGGGAGGGACAGUUUCAAAUAUUGUAGAUCCCACAUUAAAGGAUUAUUCUUGGGAUGAAAUAAGGAGAUGUAUUCACAUUGGAUUACUGUGUGUACAGGAAGAUAUAGCUGAUAGACCAACUAUGAAUACCGUUUUAUUAAUGCUUCAUAGCAGCUCUUUCCCACUUGCUGAACCUUCUGAACCUGCGUUUUUAAUGCGCCGUAAAAGUUCUUUGCCUAUGAUUAUGUUGUCUGGCAGUGAGCAAUAUUCAGAGGUAACAAGAUCAAGUGAUUCAGGAAGUCAAUAUGCUCAAGGAUCAUCAAUAGUUAAGACUCCAACCACUGAGCCAUAUCCUCGUUAGAUAUUUAUUUAUUUAUUUUAUCAAAUUUACUUUUAAAGCGCUUUGGGCAAAAAGGGUAUGAAUGAUUCUGGAAACAAGAUUUUAAUUAUUGAAACUUCUUCCUUUGGAGUUGACAAGCCGCUCCACCUUCCCUGGUUAUUUUGUAAUAUGAUUCUUGUUCUAAAAUCGAACAGACAAAAUUUAGUAAAAGUAUAUACUUAUUUUUAAUC